AUUCAAAAAGCAAUGGAAGUUUUCUCACUUCAACAGAGAGCAGCUAAAACUCCUGAAGAAGCUUUGCAUAAACAAUAUCGUUUUUGGUAUACACAACCGGUACCUAAAAUGACUGAAACAAUACUUAAUGAUGGUCCAAUUGAAGAGGAUAAAACAGUAGAUCAGAUUAGAAAUGAACCGUUUACAUUGCCUGAUGGUUUUCAAUGGGAUACACUUAAUCUUGAUGAUCCAUUUGUCUUAAAAGAACUGUACACAUUAUUAAAUGAAAACUAUGUUGAAGAUGAAGAUAGCAUGUUUCGAUUUGAUUAUCAACCUCAUUUUUUAAAAUGGGCUCUUCAACCUCCUGGAUGGUUAAAAGAAUGGCAUGUUGGAGUGCGUGUCAUUAAAAGUAAUAAAUUAGUUGGUUUCAUUAGUGCCAUCCCAGCUUUGCUUAAAGUCUAUAACAAGUCUCAAAAAAUGGUUGAAAUUAAUUUCCUUUGCGUUCAUAAAAGAUUACGUAGUAAAAGAGUGGCUCCAGUUUUGAUUCGUGAAAUAACUAGACGAGUGAACCAGAAGGGUAUUUUUCAAGCUGUGUAUACAGCUGGAAUUGUGUUACCUAAACCUAUAGGCACCUGCAGAUAUUGGCAUCGUUCUUUAAAUCCAAAGAAGUUAAUAGAUGUUAAGUUUUCUCACUUAAGUCGCAAUAUGACUAUGCAACGGACAUUAAAGUUACAUAAACUUCCUGAUUCAACACGCACUCCUGGAUUUCGCAAACUCACUGAAAAAGAUUUGCCACAAGCUCGAAAAUUACUUUCUAGUGUAAGAAUAGAGUACACUAACAUAAAAAUGAACUAUGAUUUAGUUAGUUUUUAUACUCUUCCUUCAACUAUCAUGCAUCAUCCGACUUAUCGUACAUUAAAGGCAGCAUACUCUUUUUAUAAUGUAUCUACCAAAACACCAUGGAUCGAACUUAUGCAAGAUGCUCUUAUUUCAGCUAGAGAUGCYAAUUUUGAUGUGUUCAAUGCCUUAGACCUAAUGGACAAUAAGGAGUUUUUAGAACCACUUAAAUUUGGAGUUGGAGAUGGGAACUUACAAUACUAUCUAUACAAUUGGAAGUGCCCUGAAAUAAAUAGUAACAAGAUUGGUUUGAUCCUUCAAUAAUAAGAAGUGUCACUAGAUAAAAGUUGAAUAAUAUAUGUAUAAUAUAUGAAUAAUAAUUAAUCCCAACAACAAUUGAUUAA